CAGCCUGUUCAGACAAGGCAAAAUGGGUUAUCCUGACAUGACCUCACACUACAAGAGUACCACACAUUAUUGUGUGGUCAGUUUUUUUUGAUGCUUCUCCCUUACACCACCAAGUUCCCUCCACUCCUCAGCUUUGCGGCUCACGAGGCACUGUAGUUUCAGGGACAGCUUUUUUAAACACGAUCGUCACAGUGCUGUCUGGGCAGGGUGCUCAGAGGUGGCGGGCGGGUCGGUGUACGCAGGCAUCCGUCCGUCCAGUGCCUCCAGGUCCAGAGCCCCAGGGAGCGAAGGCGAGGCCCACGCCGCCCGGUGCGCCGGCUGGUCUCCGCGGGCUUCGGCCCCGCACAGGAGCGCUAGGACCGCCGGCUUGGGGUCACACCGCCGCCAGCAUUUCGCGUUUGGGCCCGGAGAUCAUUCGCACUGAUGCGGUCUGCAGCUCUACUCUCUCUCCAGCCAGCAUCCUCCCCCGGCUCCGAAAUCUCAGCGCCGGCCACCUCGAGCGGCCAACCUUUGGAGCUGCGGGACACGGGAGCGCGCGCUCGCCUGCUUUACGGCAAGGGCGCGCGCGCUUGCGACGCUGUGGCGCCGGCAGGUUUUGGCGGGAAAAGCGCUGCACUUGGAUUCCUGUGGUGGCGCGCAAAGGACGGACUGGUGAGAAGCGGAGGCUGGUUAGCGUGGGCACAUGGUGGAGUCAUGGCAGUGCCCUUUGUGGAAGACUGGGACUUGGUGCAAACCCUGGGAGAAGGAGCCUAUGGAGAAGUUCAACUUGCUGUGAAUAGAAGAACUGAAGAAGCUGUUGCAGUGAAGAUUGUAGACAUGAAGCGUGCCAUAGAUUGUCCAGAAAAUAUUAAGAAAGAGAUCUGUAUCAACAAAAUGUUAAAUCAUGAAAAUGUAGUGAAAUUUUAUGGUCACAGGAGGGAAGGCAAUAUCCAGUAUCUAUUUCUGGAGUACUGUAGUGGGGGAGAACUUUUUGAUAGAAUAGAGCCAGAUGUCGGCAUGCCUGAACAAGAUGCCCAGAGAUUCUUCCAUCAACUGAUGGCAGGGGUGGUUUAUCUGCAUGGUAUUGGAAUAACUCAUAGAGACAUUAAGCCCGAAAAUCUACUACUAGAUGAAAGGGAUAACCUCAAAAUCUCUGACUUUGGCUUGGCAACAGUGUUUCGGCAUAAUAGUCGUGAGCGUUUAUUGAACAAGAUGUGUGGUACUUUACCUUAUGUUGCUCCGGAACUUCUAAAGAGAAAAGAAUUUCAUGCAGAACCGGUUGAUGUUUGGUCCUGUGGAAUAGUACUUACUGCAAUGCUGGCUGGAGAGUUGCCGUGGGACCAGCCCAGUGACAGUUGUCAGGAAUAUUCUGAUUGGAAAGAAAAAAAAACAUACCUCAACCCUUGGAAGAAAAUAGAUUCUGCUCCUCUAGCUCUGCUGCAUAAAAUCCUAGUUGAGAAUCCAUCAGUAAGGAUUACCAUCCCAGACAUCAAUAAAGAUAGAUGGUACAACAAACCACUCAAGAAAGGGACAAAGAGGCCCCGAGUCACUUCAGGUGGUGUUUCAGAGUCUCCUGGUGGAUUCUCUAAACAUAUUCAAUCAAAUUUGGACUUCUCUCCAGUAAACAGUACUUCUAGUGAAGAAAAUGUGAAGUACUCCAGUUCCCAGCCAGAACCACGGACAGGUCUUUCCUUAUGGGACACCAGCCCUUCGUACAUUGAUAAACUGGUACAAGGAAUCAGUUUCUCCCAGCCCACAUGUCCUGAUCAUAUGCUUCUGAAUAGUCAGUUACUUGGCACCCCAGGAUCCUCACAGAACCCCUGGCAGCGCUUGGUCAAAAGAAUGACACGAUUUUUUACCAAAUUGGAUGCAGACAAAUCUUAUCAGUGCCUGAAAGAGACUUGUGAGAAAUUGGGCUAUCAAUGGAAGAAGAGUUGUAUGAAUCAGGUUACUGUAUCAACAACUGAUAGAAGAAACAAUAAACUGAUUUUCAAAGUGAAUUUGGUAGAAAUGGAUGAGAAGAUCUUGGUUGACUUCCGACUUUCUAAGGGUGAUGGAUUGGAAUUUAAAAGACACUUCCUGAAGAUUAAAGGGAAGCUGAGUGAUGUUGUGAGCAGCCAGAAGGUUUGGCUUCCUGCCACAUGAUAGAUCCAUUGACUCUGGGAUUCCUGGUGAAUAUAGUGCUGCUAUGUUGACAUUAUUCUUCCUAGAGAAGAUUAUCCUAUUCUGCAAACUGCAAACAAUAGUUCCUGAAGAGUUGUCUUCCUUCUAGCCAAACAUUUUCCAAUUCUUUUUUUAUGUUCUUCAGACAGAUAAUAUCUUUAUCUUAAUUAUAAGUAAAACUUUGGGGAAGGGAUGGAUAGAAUUCAUUAGCUAUUUCUUCGUCUGUGUUUAGUGUCUGAAUUUGAGACCCACCUGGUGGAAACCAAGCCUUCAGGAUAUGCACGUUUACCAGCUUUUUACCAACAUAGUGAAAGGUGGUACUCUUGUCCCGUGUUUAACAGCACAUUUGGUUUCAUCCAAAAAGUACGUAUUUCCUCCACAUUAAGUUCAUUAUAUGGAUGAAUUAGUAAAAACAAUCUUUGUGGCUUUUGGACAGUAGAUUUAUUUGUUUGUUCAGUGUAGCCAACUUCAAAAAAUAUAUCCCUAAGAUCUGUACUUACAGUUUCAAAAGGGCCUGAUCAAUAUAUAUAAGCCUGCUUUUGAAUUGUAACUAUUAAUUAAAAUUUCUAGUAGGUAUGUUUUUCCAGUGUAAUUAAUAAUAUGUAAAAUACUGGUUGGUCUUUCGAGUAAAAGUUGAGCAUAAACUCCAGUGCUUAACUACCUUUACUCUAAAAUUUCUGUGGCACAUUUUAAAUAUCUCUCUAUAUUAUUUUCUACUUUUCACAGCCAUAUUUUAAUUCUUUAUUAUAAAAAUAAAUUCUAUUUUGAAAAUGAAUAGCUAACUGUGAACUUAUUAGUGACUCAACUUGUAGGUGGUAGGGAAUAAAAUGGGAAUAAAGGUAGGUUGGAGCCUGCAUUUCUUUUUCUUGGUAAUUUAUAAAAUUAAUCAACUAUCUUCAUCUGAAGCUAAGACCAUACAAAAUUUUAUGGUUACAGUUUAUCACUUACUAGUGUAUUCUUUGGUAAAUUGCAUUACUGUGCUAUACCUAUAGGAGAAAUACAUUUGAACCUAUAGGUGGCUUCUAAGAACUGAGCCAGUAAAUUUCCAUAUAGGAAAGAAAUUUUGUUCUUGAGAAUUAGCCAGAUCAGUAACUUUCAAAACCAAGGUUAUUUUAGGCUUUGACCUCUCCCCUGAGCUCCAGACUUUUAUAGCCAUAGCCUACCUGACAUUUCCACUGGACCAAAAUCAACUUCUGAUCCAUCUUCUCUAACUUGUUCCUUGGUGUCCCCCAUCGCAGUAAAUGCUACAUUCAGCUCCCUGACUCCAUAAGCCAAACCCAAGAAAUCAUCCUGGACAUGAUUUUCAUACUUUCUUUCAGUUUAGCAAACCUACUCAAAAUAUAUCCCAUUCCACAGCUAUAUUAGUAGCACUGUAGUUGAAGGCACUGUCAUGUCUCCUUUCAUAGUAUUUAUCCUUCAGCAGUUCAGAAAAGCAGUCAGAAUGAUCCUUCUGGAAUGUGAAUCAGAUAGCCCUCUGCUGCUCUCAACUGUCUUGGCUUUUCAUCACACUUCAAAAAAAUUCAAAAUUUUCUCUAUGCCCUGCAUGGCUUUAUGGGAUCUGUCCUCUAGCCACCUCUUGGACCUCAUCUGCCUGUCUCCUACUUACUCAUGCUACUCUAGCCACAUUGGCUUUGCUGUUCUGCUCACAACAUAAUCAACUUCUCACCUCAGGGUCUUUUCAUUAGCUGUUCCCUCUACCUGGAGAACUUUACUCCCAACUAUUUGUGUGGCUUGUGCUUUAUUUAAGUCAUUGCUUAAAUGUCAUCUCAUGUAUGCAAAGCCUUUCCCUGACUUGCCAAAAAUGUUACCCCACCUCUGUCACUCCUUUCCUUCAUUUUUCAUCGUAACAUUUAUUAUAUGACACUAUAGGAUAUUUCUAUUUGUUUAUCUAUUAAAUGUCUGUUUCCACCGUGGGAUAUGUAAUACAUAGGCUCUGUGAGGUCAGGGACCCUGUCUGUUCUGUUCAUUUCUGUAUUCUGAGCACUGAGCACAGUGUCUGCUACCUUACAGCAUGCAAUAAAUAAUUGUUAGUGAAAAAACAGACACUCAGUUGAUCUGAUCUACAUGCAAAGUAUAUCUGCAGGCUGAACACCUCUCUGUUUUUAUUGCUACCAUUCUAGUUCAAGCUCCUUCAUCUACUCUUUGGAGUUUUAUAAAAACUAGUGUCUUCCCACUUCCACUCUUCUUGUUUCCCAAUCCUCUCUCCCUGAGUGUUCUCUUCACAUAGGUCCUAACUUAUUUUUUUAAAAGGUAAAUUGUACCGUGACACUUCCUUGUUUAAAAACCUCCAGUGGCUUCCCAAUGCAACAAGAAUGGAAUCUAAAUUCUUUGCUCUGACUGACCUGGCCCCACAUGAUUCACACUGUCCUAUUUGCUCACUGUAGUGCGACAGGGCAGCCUUCUUUCUGGUUCAUUCCUCUUUGGGGGUUUUGAUGUUUAUAGCUUCCUCUGCCUGGAAGUUUUUACAUAGCUGAUUUAGCAUUCAAAUCUCAGCCGGAUGUUUCUAUAAUCACAUCAUUUUUUUCAUAGAACUGAUCACUUUCUGAAAUUUUAUUGUCUGUUUCCCCCACCAAAAUGUAAGCUUAGAUAUUGUCAUUCCUUUAUUCCCUUGGAUAUCCUGUAUAUAGAACUGUCCCUGGAGUAUAGUAGAUGCUAAAGAAAUAUUUGUUGAAUAAGUGAAUUAAAUAUCAGAUGAGGAAAAGGCCACAGAAUAUUGUAAGGGGAAGGUAACUUUAUGGUAAGUUGGUAAAUAAACUUUAUCCAGUUAUUGAAAUUUGUGUGGAAUGGUGGGAAAAGUUCAAUUCAAAUUUGGACAGACUAGCUCUGAAAUUUGUAGUUAUAUGAACAUUGGCAAUUGCCUCAGUAAAGAGACUGAUAAUAGCUACCUUUUAAAGUUUUUAAUCUUAAAUUUGUUUAUGUAUAUGAAGAGUAUAGUAUGCUGUGUUGCACAAAAAGGCAUUCAAUAAACAGUUUGUCAUAAUAUUUCUGCAAUUAGAAGAAGGCAUUUACCCUCAUUAUUAAAAAUAAUAUAUCUACUUAUCCAUGAAAAUUUACAAAUUGUAAAAAUGGGGGAAGAGGGAUUUAUUAUUCCAAGAUAACAGCUAAAAUAAGGAAAGAUCAACCUAUGCUCUGUGAGGUAUGUGUAGUGUGUAUGAUUAUUAAGAUAAAUAUAAAUACUUAAAAUAUGUAUGGUUUCAUAAGCAAUUGUAAAGUUAACAUCUGUUUAGCCCCAACUCAUGUGAAGAAAACAAAAAUUACAAACCUUUUUGAAGAUAAUAUACAAAAAAUCUUCAUGAUCUUCAAGUAAGGAAUGAAUCCUUAAGUAGGAAACAAAGCUAGCCAGAGAAAAGGUCUUAAUUGGACUAUAUUAAAAUUACAAACUUCCAUGAAGUGUGAAAGUAAGCCACAGAGUGGGAAAGGAUGUGUGUAACACAUGUGAUUGACAGAGAACUAGUACACUAGACAUAAAAGAACUCAUGUCAUUAAGAAAAAGUAAAUGUAAUAAAAAAUGAGCAAAAGACUGGAACAGGCAUAUCAUAAGAUAGUCAACCUCAUUCAAAGUUAGCAACAAGCAAGUUAAUACCAAAAUGAUACACCACCCACCAACAACUUGGCAAAAAUUAGAAUGACAUCAUUAAAUAGAAGUGCCAAUUUGGAAUACUAGAAAUAGAUAACUGUAUGAAGAUUCUUACACUUUAGGAGAUCAUCCAAACUAUAAUCCACCCAAAAAUGAUUUUUGUGUAUAUUAGAAGGUAAAAGUCAAGUUUCAUUUUUUUCCUCCUAUGACUAUCCAGCAUAGCAUUGGUUGAAAUGAUCCCUUUCCCACUGUUCUUCAUUGAUAUUCAUUCAGUGUUCAGAUUUCCAGUUCUUAUUUUCUGCAGUAUGUUUUGAAUCAGGAUGCAGAUAAAGUCCACACUAGUAAUUGACUCUUGCUUUUUAAUUUUUUUUUGGUCUAUAAGUUCCCCCUUAAUUCUCCUUCCCUCUCUCUGACUUUUUUUCCCCUUACAGUUUACUGGUAGAAGAAUCCAACUGGCCAUUUGUGUCUGGCUUCUUCUACUUAAUGUUUUCAAGGUUCAUCAUGUUGUAGCAUAUAUCAGUACUCCAUUCCUUUUUGUGGCUAAAUGAUACUCAAUUUUAUAUGUAUGCCACAUUUUGUUUAUUCAUCAGUUGAUGGAUAUUUGGGUUCUUUCUACUUUUUGGCUAUUAUGAAUAACGCAGUGAAUGUUAUUGUACAGAUUUUUGUAUAUCCAUACAUUUUUAAUUCUUUUGAGUAUAUACCUAAGAGUUGAAUUGCUGGGUGGUAAUCAUAGUAUGAAUAUUUUCUAUAGAUUUUUACCUUAGUUGUAUUGUUGGUCAUACAGCAUCCUGUGUAUGGUGUCAGUAUUUUGAAAUUUGUUGAGUCUUCCUAGGUGGUUCAGAAUGUAGUAGUUAAUUUUUGUAAAUAUACGAUUUGUGCUUAAAAAGAAUAUGGUGUGGAUAGUUGUUGGCUAAAAACUGUAUUUACCUGUGUAAUCAACUCAGGUAAACAUAACCAAAGUUUUUAAUAUUCUUCCUGCUUAUUCAAUAAAUUGCUGAGGUAAGUUA